AGGUCCUGAUGAAAGGAAGUCGGAGCUGCUGCCCGCCGGCUGGGAAGCCAACAAGGAGGUGUAUACACUGCGCUACAAGUCCACGGACGAUGCCCAUGAGCUGCUGCUGAAGGCCAUCAUGGUGGAAGACAGUAUGAUCCUCAACGUCAUGGAUCGCAGUUCUCAGAAGGUGGCAGAUGUGACCUUGGCAGUGGCCGACUACAUCAACCCGGAGCACCUGGACGAUUUCCACAAGGUGUACAGGAACACUGAGGAGCUGAGGACAAGGAUUGCUUCGGGCAUCAUCACUCCCCUCGGGGCCACUGCAGAAAAGGCCAAAAAGGAGCCCGAGGCUGAGAAGAAGGAUCCUGACUUGCCCCGGGAUUACAACCCCCUGAGGGUCCCUCCCCGGCAGCCGGCAGGCACGAGAGCACCGUCCUGGCCUUCCCCCUUGAGCCCCUUUGCUGUUGGUGGGGAAGACCUGGACCCUUUUGGAGGUCGGAGUGGGGGAAUGAUUGUGGAUCCUCUCCGGUCUGGCUGCCCGCAGCCCGGCAUUGACCCGUCAUCGGGCAUUCCAGGCCGGCUUCCCCCGGGAGCAGUUCCACCAGGCGCCAGAUUCGACCCCUUUGGCCCAUUAGGAGCUGGUAGAUCUGGGCCAGAUCCCGACCACCUUCCCCCUCCAGGCUACGACGACAUGUUCAUGUGAGGAGUCACCGCAUGGCUUCUCACGGCUGCAGCCAGAGCAGUCUCCUCGGAAGCAGGAGCACUUUCCCCUCUUCGCUUCCCAUUCGGUGGACUUCGAUCUUUUCAGCAGCGUUUUUCUUCUCCCCGUUCGGGGCCGUGUUCCUGUGUGUCAGACCAGCUAUAAAGAUUUCCCUGUGUGCAGAAUAGAAGAGGAGGCAGUAGGUUCGUUUCUUUCUGUGCUCCUCUGAGGGUGCCUGGCUGUUUGCACCCAGCUGAAGUGGUCCUGCCCGGCACGAGGUGGCGGCGUGGGGCGCGGCGCUCCGAGAACGGCCUGGGUGCUGUGGGGUUUCCUCCUCUGCUUCUCCGGGGUGGCACCGCUUUUGCUGCUGGGGUUACGCAAGCGGUCGGUGCUGAGGAGGGAGCUGGUUUCUUGCCGCUCCUGUGCUGGGGAGCUGCAGUAGCCUUACUGCAGGCGACAGCCGGAGUGGGCUCCCCAUGUAGAGAUGGUUUCUCUCUUGUUCUUUAUCCGAGCGAGGGGCUGAGCAGCGUGAAAGGCUAAAAAGCUCAACCCACGGGGUCUCCAUGGGCAGACCCCCAGCAGCAGCUGAGAUCAGCUUCCACAUGGCCGUGCCCACUGGCUUUAAAGAGCACCACCAGCAAAGCCUUUAAUGUGCAUGAGAAGAGACAUAUAUUGAAUUCCUGGCCCCACCUUGCGCCCUCUCUCCCCUGCAGCCGUGUUGUUUUUCAUUCCCCGGGGUGCACGCAAAGCCCCGCAGGCAGCGUGGCGAGGGCUGCCCGCUGGGCACCACACAGGGCUGGAGCAGGAGGGAGGGUGCUCGGUACCCACACGACCUGCCGGGCCCAGCGUUGGCUCUCCAGGCACGGCAGAGCUGAGCCCAGCACCGAGCUGGGGCCCUUCUGGGGAUGCACACAGGGGGCUCGCUCGGCUGUGGGAUUUGCUUUGCAGAAGAGGUUUAUAGAACACGUUUCCCUACCGUCAGUCCCGUUGCAUGAGGCUGAUGCGGCUCUGCCUGGCUGAACUCUGCCAAACAGCUCGGGGAGAAUGGGUGAGAUCUGUGUGGCUCAGGCUCCUGAGCUCUUUCUGGAAUCCUCCUCCCUUCCCCACAGCUCCCCCCAGGUCAGUUAAUUUUGGGGCUGCAGCUCGUCUGUCCUGUCAGGGGUUCAUACUAUGUUUUUCUUCUCAUGGUUUGAUUUCUUGGAAGGAUGUUCAUGAGAUUGAAAUAAAAACCUGACAAC